AUGCUGGCCGUCGGCACGGUCAUCGAGGUGCAGCUGCCCGAGCACGUUGAAUCGGAGGCGCCCAUCCAGGCCACAGUGCUCUCCUGCAGCUCAACCAUGGUCAGCGUGCGGCUUCAGGAGAUUGGCAGCGAGGUUGUGCAUCGGGUCAGCCUGAAGAAGAUACCCUUCCGCAUUGUGUCACAGCCUGGGGGCCAGCAGCAGCAGGCUAAUGCCGCGGCAGCGGAUGUACACCAGGGCCAAGCUUUGGGGGCCGGGGUAGGCCCCCCCAAACCUACGAGGGGCGCUGAGCAGCAGCAGCAGCAGCAGCAGGGCGAACAGGAUGGAAUGCGGGACGGCACUGCUGCAGACGCUUUCCCUCGUAGUACCGCAGCAGCCAUCGAGGCCUUUGCAGCAGCGGUUGAAUCCGACCCGGCGGCCUUCCUACAGCCCACUGCCGAGCUGGCGGCGCUUGCCAAGGCGGCAGCCAAGGCACUGUACGAAUACCAGGCCACGCUCGAGGGCACGCUCAAGAGCAGCAACGGUGCUGCUGCGAGCGACAGUGGUCACGCUGCAGUGCUGCCCGAGCUCUAUGUGGAUGGCUUCGAUGCGGAGCAGAUCUGGCUGCAACUGGAACUGGCUGUACCACCAGCGCUGCAGCUCGCGCGCAAGCUCCUGAAGAAAGCAGGGCAGCAGCCACAGCUGGUGACACCCGAGAUGGAGGAGGCCAUUGAUGAGCUGCUGGAUGAGAAGGAGGCAGGGUGCGGGGAUGAUGUGGAGGAGCAGGAGGGCAAUUCUAGUGAGGAUCUGUCAGAAGGCGAGGAGGGCAGCACAAGUGCUGAAGAAGAUGAGUAUUCUGAUGCCUUGUUGGCCACUGACCCGGCACAUCUUGAUUACGAUGCCCUGCUGGCAGCUGGGGCUGCACAGCACCGGAAUCGACAGCCGCGGGCUGGCUUCGACAGUGAAGAAGAGGCGGGGCAGCUGGCCGGCAUCAAGCGCAAGCGUGCCACUGGUGUGCGGUCAGCAGCAGUUACGUCGGUGGAGGAUGAGCACUUCAAGCUAGAUGAGAUGGAAGCCUUCGUGCAGCAGGCGGAGAGGGAGGCGGCGGGCCUAGACGAUGGUGGGGAGGAUGUUGAGAGAGCUGCUGGCAGUGAUGAUGAGGAGGCUCAGCUGGAGGCUCUCCUGGACCAGGCUGCGCCGUCUGGGCAUGACAAAAAGUCGAAGAAGGCACGCAAGAAGGCGGCAUGCGUCCGGCAGGGCCCCAUGCUGGUGUCUGCUGGUGGCAAUCACCGCCAUCAAGAUGAGCUGCUGGGGGAUGAGGAUGAUGAAAGAACGCCAGAGGAGGAGGAGCGAAGCAGCUUGGAUGAUGAGGGAUUUGAAGACGACUUGCUGUCGGAUGACAUGCUGUCCGGUGAGGAGGAAGAUGGCACGGAGCAGGGGCGGCAUGGAAGAGCCAACGGCACACCGCGGCAAUUUAGUGAGGACGAGGACGAGGAUGGCUGGGAAGCAGCUACUGAUGCAGGUGUUCAGCAGAAUCGGCUUGAUGGCAGUGAGCAAGAGGACGAUGAGGACGGCGCAGAGCUGGCUCCCUCUGCGCAUGCGCGGCGGCAGCAGCGAAUGCAGGAGAAAAUCAGGAAACUUGAGGCAGCGGCCAUGGGCGAGAAGGAUUGGUUCAUGCAGGGAGAGGUGGAUGCAGGGCACCGCCCUAAGAACUCUGCCUUGGAGGUUGACCUAGAUUUUGAGACCACAGUCAAGCCACCACCGCAGCCCACUGAGGAGAUGACCAGGACGCUGGAUGAGUUGAUCAAGGCGCGCAUCGCAGAGGGCAGGUUUGAUGAUGUUGUGCGCGUUGCGGCGGCUCCUCUCGAGACCAAGCGAACCACGGUGGAGCUGGACGACAAGAAGCCACAGCAGGGCUUGGGGGAGCUGUACGAGCAAGAAUACAUGCAAGCUGCGACUGGGUUUGCAGAUGACAAGGAUGAUGAAGUGCGGCAGGCAGCAAGAGCGCAGUUUUCUGCACUGUGUGCCAAGCUGGAUGCACUGAGCCACCUGCACUUCACGCCUCGGCCCGUGAUUGAGGAGGUGACCGUGAAGGUUGAUGUCCCGGCAAUUAUGAUGGAGGAGGCCGCUCCCCAGUUUUUGAGCGGCGCGAGCAUGCGGGCACCCGAGGAGGUCUUUGCCACAGAGGCGUCGGGGGCUCCACGUGCCGAGGCAGAGCUCAGCAGAGAAGACAGGAAGCAGCGGCGUGCACAGCGGAAGCGGGCUGGCAAGAAACGACGGGCAUCCAAGGAGGAGGAGCGCACAGCACGGAUCGCUGUGCAGGGCGGCACCACCACAGGACGCAAGUCAGAGGCAGCAGAACAGGCUGCCCGCAAGCUGGGAAAGAGCGUCAGCAAGAAGCGAGCACGAGGCGGAAGCAAGAAGUCGGAGUUCAGCCGGAGCGCAGCGGUCUUUGCGAAGAUCGAGCAGCACAAGGAGGGUGCAACAGCGGCAGCAGCGGCGCAGGCUACCGCGCGCAGCCAGGCGCCGGCAGCAGCGCAUCUGAAGCUUUAG